CAAAAACAUACGACCUUAAUAUACAUUAAGUCUGCGUGUGAAGAUAGAUAACAAAGAAAAACAAGAUCGAGAGGAAAGAAAAGAGCAAAGUAGGUGUAGGAAAACAGAGAGAUAGAGGGAGGGAGAGAGAGAAGGGCCAUCUUCCUCGUCGCCACAGAACGAACGUCGCCGGUGAAGAUUACAACGACGCCGCAGAAAGUAUCUCGCCGCUCCACUGCUGGAGAAGAAGACCCAGUUGUACGCCGGACCAAGCCGCCAUCGCCGGAGUGACGCACUGGCCGUUCCGUCAACACCGCCGGAGAGAAGGAAGUGUCGCGCCACCAGGCACCGCGGACAGAGGAGUGACAUCGCUGGAAGAAGAAGGCCGUCUGAAGUCUGCCGUCACCGUCGCCGGACGAAGAAGCUGCCACGAUUGACGGUACUAUCUUUGUCCUGCUCGUUUCAGUUGACGACGAAGAUCAAAACGCGAAUUUGGAGAAGUUCAGGCUAGAGGCAGGCUUCAAUUAGGAUUUAUCACGAUUCAAAGAAUUGAGGAUCAUAUUGAAGUUGAUUUCGAGAGCUUCCGCUAGAACACAUAGACUAAAGUGAUUGAGUAAUUUAUUUUAGUCUUAAAUUUAAAGAAUUGUAGUUGAACAAUUAAUUAAUUAAAAUUUUAAUUGUUGGUGGUGGAUAGCCUGUGCACCCGGUUAUGUGAGAGCCGAGUGUGGCGGUAACGCCCCUGUUUUCCUUUGAAUUUUCCGCUGCAAGACUCUGAUUUUUUCGAAUAAAUCAUUAUUUACUUUGAAUAAAUCAUUAUUCAAAUGUAUUUUUGGGUGGGAAAUUUGGGGGUGUUACAAAUUGGUAUCAGAGCCUAUGAAUUUUAAAUUGGGGAUUUAAACAAAAUAAAAGUUUCUCUUAAGUGACUAUGGGUUUCAAAAAAAAAAAUCUAAAUAUUUUCUGAGUUUAUCUUACACUUCCUUAAGUGAUAUCAAUAGUUGGUUUCAAAACCUACGGUUUUGGAAUGGGGAUUUUUGAAUAAAAGCUUUCCUUCAGUGACUUCGGUUUUCAAAAAGGAGUUACUAACGUUUUCUAAGAUUUUCUAAAACUCCAACCAGUGAUACCGGCCAACAAGUUGGUAUAAAGAUUUUGUUUUCUAAAACAUAUUAAAAAAAAAAAAAUUACAAGACGUUUUCUUAAAUGUUUAAAAAAAAAGUUGAAACCUGUUUUUCUAAAUGUGUUUUGAAGAAGAAGAAAAAAAUAAACAUAGGAAUAAUAAUUGGACUAAGAAAUAAUAUAUUUAGGAUCGUGGUGAGAAUGUGAGAUUUUGAAUUUCUAUUUUGGUGGAGUUUGUGGUUCUUUGAAUAGUUUGAGUUAUACUUAUAUGAGAUAUAUCAUUAUUGACUCAGGUGAGAAUGAAUUUGGACUUUUAGAGGAACUUACGAAAUUAUGUGAAUAGUGAGUUAUUAGGUAAGGUAGUAUGAUUGUGAAUGUCAUUCGAUAUACUUCUUUUCCUAAACAUUAUUCUCAAGUAGACAAUGAAGUCAACAAGAAACAAAGUAGAAGACAAUGUCGCCGCACCGACGAAUGCGGAGUUGGCUCAAAAUAUGGUUCAACUCAUCCAGACUAUCGGGAGUGUGUUAGUUCAGAACCAACACCAACAACGUCUCAAAAACCGCAAUGAUAUAGCGAAACUUGUUGCGAAGCGCAAUCCCCCGUGUUAUUUAGGCCAAGAAGAUCCUCUCAUCCUUGAGGAUUGGAUUCGCACUUUCGACAAACUCUUCGAUGCUAUAAACUGCCCUGCAGAACAACGAAUUAUUACGGCUGCGUACUAUCUACGUCAAGAAGCAGACAAUUGGUGGGCCACGACUGCCCCAAUGUUGCGUCAACAACCCGACUUUUCUUGGGAGACGUUCAAGGAGGCAAUGCGAAAAAGAUUCUACCCAGAGCACGUGAGAGCUGAGAAGUAUGAAGAAUUCUUACACCUGAAGCAAGUGGGUAUGACUGUCCAAGAGUACCACACUAAAUUCUUGAAUCUCGCACAAAUUGCACCCACGCUAGUUCCCGAUGAAAUCGAGAAAACUAACAAGUUUAUACGUGGUCUAAACUUCGAGACACAAAAAGCUCUUUGUGUUUCAGAAUGCCAAACGUUGAACGAUGCAUACAACAAAGCUGGCAAGCAUUAUCGAGUGCAACAACUCCAGAAGAAAACACUCAAGAGAGCGAGGAAGGGGACUGAAGGAGAAAACAAACCAGGAGGCAAACAAUGCAAACUAAUUCAGCUAGGGCACACUCGGAACGAGAAGAAGAUCAACAAUCAAGGCCAAGACCAGAAGCGUAAGAAGAAGAACUCAACUGAAGAGAUGCACUUCUACUGCUCGAAGUGUGGAAAAGAUCACCCCGGGAAAUAUUGUGACGGAACACUCGUACGAUGUUUUUAUUGUGACAAGCUAGGACAUAGGGUGUUCGAGUGUCAAUCAAGGAAGAAGGGGAUCCCUUCAACUCUUGGACCCAACCGUUAUGCAAAACGCAAUGGAGGAAUCCGAAAUUAG